GCGGGAGACAUGUUAAUACUUCUUUGAGUUUGCCUUAGAUGUUUAAAUUUCGUGUUCUAAUUUGGAUUAUAGUUUAGUUGCCCGAAACACGGCCGCUCGUGCAACAGAAAAAUACAGUGCCCAUGUGGACAUGCAGAGGUACUGGUGGCCAGGUUAUGAGAUGCAGCUUCUGGCAGAGCUGCAGAGACAACAAAACAACGCCCAAUUCUGUGAUACCCUGUUACAAACUGAGGGUAUCUCAGUGCCAACCCACAGUUGCAUCCUUGCAGCUCUCAGCCCUUACCUGUCUCAGAAGCUGUCAGCCUCCCCGUCUCCUCCGUCCGGCCAGAAGCAUCGGCUCCAGCUCCAGCCUGUGAAGGCCCAGACCCUGUUGAAGCUGGUUGGUCUGCUGUAUUCUGGGCAGCUGGAGGUAAAAGGAAGCGUUGAACAUGAUGACGUGUUGGCUGUAGCCCGCCAGUUUGGGAUUGCAGAUCUUGUAGAGGGGCAGAAAGAUGAGGGGAUGAAUGUGGCAGAACUCCAAGAGAAGAGGCGGAGUCUCGGGCGUUUCAGAGAGAAUGGCCGUCAAGCCGAGGAAAGCAGAUGGAGGGAUGAAAACAGGAAAAUGCAGGAUGCACAAGUUCAGGCUGAGAUGGUUGGAAGGAGGGAUACAGAUUCUCCAAUUGAAAAGAGAAGUUGUAUAUCUAUAGGAACACAGACUGUUAAAGCUGGUGAAAAGUCAGUGGGCAGUUUUAUUAUUCUGUCCGGCCAAGCUACCCCUCUGUCCCCAGAGUCUGAACUCAAAGCUCAAAGCUUGGAUUUUUCUGUCAUGUUGCAACCCCAAAGCCUCACACUUGAUAAACAGUUUUGCUCCACUUCUUGCCCAGGCAUUUAUAGUAUGGACAAGGGAGCACCAAGCGAUGGAGAGUCUCCAUUAAACCAAUCCUCUGGCUGUGUAAUAAAUCCCACAUCAACUCCAGCUUUGUUUGGUGAGACGUUGACCUUCCCCAUUUCACUUAUUGAUGACUCAGAGUCCCCAAGUCGUGAGGAGGGCAGCGGCCACCAGCAGUCAUCUGAGUCCGGGGACAGUCUACAGGCCUUGGCUGAGGAAAGAACAGAACUGGAGAAUGGAAAAAGAAAUGGCAUGACAGCUGACGACAGAGGAGAUACAGAGCAGCCAAGCCAGGCUGACAUAGAUGAGAUGCCAGGAGAAGAAAGCACAAAGUCUACAGUGAGGCAUGUUGGCACGAAGAACAUGGCCAAGAUGAAAGAGAUGCAGCAGAUGAUGGAGACCACACAGAUCUCUAUCAGGGUGAAGCUGAGGAGGAGGACUAAAGGAGAAGUGUGGGAGGUGGUGAGCAUGCGAGAUGCAGAUGAGACCUUGUCAGUUCUUGCCUCCCUGAGACAGCCAAACCCAAUACAGAAACCAGAAUGGCAUAUUCUUCAACCUGUUACCAACUCCCUCACGUCACCACUUCACCCCAACACCUCCUCUGACUCCCAGCCACCCUCUAGUGACUGCUUCACCCCAAACCAGAACGAUGGCCUCGAGGCAGCUCCAGUUCUGCAGCAUCAGGACUCUGUAGAGGAGUCUGAUGAGCAGAUAGAGAGGCUGUUGGAAGACAUCAUGAUGGGCAUCAAUAUCCUCCCCAACUUGGAGAGGGACUUCAAGAAGUCUCAUCACCUUCAGCUGAGCCAUGACGGAGUACUGAAUAUUUCCCAAGACCCAGUUACACAGAACGAUGCAGGGCACAAUCAGAUGCAUGCUGCUGUCAGUGCAGCAGGGUGUGUGUUUAACCAGGAUUUGGGUUCACAAACUUGCAACUCAUCAGCAGAUACAGGUAUCCAUUGUUGUUUCACAGUUCAGAACCAGUCCAGCUGCUCAAGCCUUUCCUCUGUACUGCCAGAUGCUGCGGUAAUCCAACAACGGCAGGAGUGCUCUCCACACUAUUAUUCAUCUGUCAGAUCCAUGUGGCAGAGUGAUGAAAUGAGCCAUCAGAACAUGCCGUUAUCCAAAAGUCAAGAAUGUCCACAUCUUGACGCACCUACAACAAGAUCAGUCAUACCCUCAGCUUUCUUCUCUUCUGGGCAGAAACUACAUUAUCCAGCAUUAUGGGACCUGUCCUCACAAGACAGUCAGCACAAUCUUGAGUUUUUACCUCUGAAGAAUGGCAGUGAGACACAGUCCAUGCAUACUACUGUCCUGUCUAUACCUUGCAUGGACGAUUUGCGGCUUCCUCAAUGUCUCUCUCCAUUAGAGCCUUGCACCUCAGCGACAAAACAUCAGCCUGUCCCCAACAACCCCAUGAACCUUGGUAAUAAAGUUCAGCAACAGCCAUCUCUACAUGGGCGACCUUGGCUGACAGAAAACCCUGGAUCGCUAAAAUUUCCCCUGAGUGCCAUCACUUGCAAAGAAAAUAAAAGUAUGUCUUUACCACAGGAUACUAACUACAACUGUUUGUCAAAGCACCGGCAGGAACAUCUGGAGUUGAAUCGACAAAAUGAGGGUAUCUUGGCAGAAUCUUGUACUGUGAAAGAGGUGGAAGAGAGAGAAACGCUAUCUUCUGUUCAACCAAACGCUGCAGAACUGAAAUCUGACCCAAGGAAGAUGAAGGAAGACAACACAGCUGGGAAUACAAUGGCACCUAAAAGGAGGACAAAACGCACCAGUCAUCCACAAGAUGCUGCCAGUUCUCUCUUGGCAUACAAACAUGUAAAAAUCGGUGAUGGAACAAAGAGUCAAAUCAACUUGAGUGUUUGUCAAGUCAGUUUAUCAAGCAACAAUGUACUUGCCAAGGAAAGAGGAAUGGCCACCAGCUCUAUGAACAUUCUAUCCAAACCAAAUCAGCAGUCACUUGUCACAGAGAGCUUGAGAGAGAAACCCCGAAUAUCUGUGGCGAAUACUGCCCAAACUCGGAUCAGAACCAGGGGUUUUUUGAAAAAAACUGAAAAGUCACCAAGUGACACAAGCCCAGAAGAUUCUUUAGUUGCAAAACCUGGGGCCUAUAGAGCUCAGACGGCAAAUAAACAAGGAGUCACAAACCAGAAACGUGGAAGACCACCAAAAACAAAACUUAAAGAUCCUAUCCCUCCGAACAACAAUCCUGCUCUCCCUGAAAAGAUGGGCUCUAAUGAAGAAAGUCAGCAGAAAAUGGACAGGAAUUUGCCAAAAGAGGAUUUAGAAAAGGGGGACAAAACAAAGCAGAAGUGUAAAAAAAGGAGGCUGAAUAGAAGCACAGAGGAGGGGGUAAUUCCACCAAAGAAGACCAUAAGCAUUGAGAGCACUGACAAGCCUGAUGCAGGUAUCAAUGACAUAAUCCCAGACGUAAGAAAACUUGGGGCAUCCAAAUGGCCACAGAUGGUCACUCUGAAGGAGUUUCAGAAGCUUAUUAAAAGGCAACACUCAAAAACAAGGAAGUUAAAAGAAAGCCAGGAAACAAAUGGAACUGUAAAAGAUGCAGAAAGUGAAGGGAUGGUGAACAGAGACAGCACAUACAAGGAAUCAGCUAAAGACAAAGAGAUGGACAUAGACAUCACUCAGCCUCAAGACCGGGUCGGGAGUGAACAGUCUCCGGUCAUUAGUGUCACAGUUGAUAAAAAUCACAAUCAAGUUUUCAGCGAAUCAACAGAUGGCACAGACAGCUCUACUAAGAAGACCAGUUUUUUGUGUGGUGGAAACCAACCAGUGUUUUCCUUUGAUGACCUGGAAGAAGUGGUGGCCAAGUUAGCAGCAGAGAGGGAGCAACCACUGAUGAAUCUUUAUGAAGGAACAGCCUGUGAUGUCAUCAACAAUGAAGGCUUGUCUCACAGUGACACUCACCUGCCUCAGUUAAACAAACCAUGGCAUCACAACUUGUACACCCAGACACCUGAGAGAACUGGUCCACCUCUGCCAGGUGCCGGUGGGAUUGUGUCAGGCUGCGAUCAAGAGGAAGAGGAGGAAGUGGAGGUGGACGUUCUGCUUUACUCCCCAGUCAAAGUGCCUCAGACCAGGGAGCGUGAGGAUGGUCUCAUCAACACAGAGAUAACUCUAGAUGAAGACGAGGAGGAAGAUGUGAAUGAGAUCGAUGUGACGGGAUGAGGCUGAAUAACCUUUGUAUAUGUGCAUAGUUUUAGAAUAUAUUGUGUGUCUAGUUCAGCACUUUUGGUGUGCCAAACCUAAUGUUCUCUCUGUUCUGGUUUUAUUUAUGUUCACAGAGAUGUGAGGCAAUGUAUAAUAGAUUUUUACAUCCUUCCUUUUCUGUUACUUUUCAUCAUCAGUCAGUGUCUAGCAGUCAUAAGCUCUGUACAUUUAAAAAUCACAGGUUGAUUGCAUUCAUUUAGUUCAAUAUACAAGGUUGGAAUGGUUGUUUAAUUUUCAUUAAUGAUAUGAAAAGGCAUUGAUACAAGUCUGAAAGGAAUCAUUAAUGUUUACAUUUAAUGUUUGUCAGU